UCCUUCUUACGAAGUCGACGACACUUUUCCUCGAGUCCGGCAUCGCGGCAUGGCCACAUCGACCCGCCGAAGCCCGGAGAAGAGCUUAAAAUUACAUUUAUAGACAAAGACUCGGAAUCGCACACUUUCGCCGUAUCCGACGGUGACAACCUCCUCGACAUCGCACAAGCAAACGACCUCGAGAUGGAAGGCGCAUGCGGCGGCUCCUGCGCAUGCUCAACAUGUCACGUUAUAAUCGAUGAUGAGACGUAUUACGAGAAUAUGGAGGAGCCGGAUGAUGACGAGAACGAUAUGCUGGAUCUCGCUUUCGGCCUCACCGAGACGUCAAGACUCGGGUGUCAGGUGAAGAUGAGCAAGAAGCUGGAUGGGUUGGUCGUGCGAUUGCCAACUAUGACGAGGAAUUUACAAGCUAGUGAUUUC